UACUGUACGAAAUUGUUUUGUAUCCAACCAAACUACCUUGAUCCGUAGUUUUCAAUAAAGCUUUCAAAAGUCACUAAUCAUGACUCUAUUGUAUUUCUUGUUUGUACAGUAGUAAUCUAUGAACCUUUUUUAUCAUAUGAAAAAUAAAUUGAUGUCUUUCAUAAUACUAAAUAGUUACCGUCAAGCUUCAUAUCUAUAAUUGACAUUCCUUGCACGUUACCUCCUAAGAUCAAAAGAUCACUCUAUAUUGCUCAAGGUUCUAUAACAAAUCUUCCUAAAGGUUUUUCACGAAAUAAAAUAUAAAAAGUCAUUUUAUGAUCAAAAGAUUUCUUCACAGCAUGUCCAGGCAUGAUCGAAUUUUAAGUACCCUAAGUAAGAAACUAGAGGCCAACAAAAUUGAAUUAUAUAACGAUAGCGACAAGCAUGCUCAUCAUGCUGCAAUGAAAAGCUUAGAAGACAAAAACGAAACUCAUUUUCGACUGAACAUAAUCUCACCGAAAUUUUCAGGGCUUACAAGGGUCGCGCGACAUCGUCUGGUUUACUCGUCUCUAAAAGAUGAGUUUGAGAAUGGACUACAUGCUUUGCAAAUAACAUCUGCGAAGACUCCUCAAGAAAUUGAAAAGCAGUAGACUGACAUAUUGGAUAGCAUAGAAUCUACAAUGAAUGUUCU